GAGAGCGAGAGAGAGAGGGAGGGAGGGAGGGAGAUGGGGUGGUUUCGCUGUGUGGGGAAUCCUUGCAAGGACGUUGAUAUAAAGGAUCAGAGCUCGGCCUCGUCAGUAGAGAAGUCAAAGCGUAAUCUCCAAGUGGAUGUAAAGAAACAAAGUUCAAUAGAUAUCAAGAAAGACGCCUUGUGUAAAAGUUCUCAGGACAGUUCUACACGUACCUUCACAUUUAGUGAAUUGGCAAUUGCCACCAAUAAUUUCCUAUCAGAUUGCAUGUUGGGAGAAGGGGGAUUUGGCAGGGUUUACAAAGGCUAUUUGGAAAGUAUCAACCAGGUUGUUGCCAUAAAGCAGCUUGACCUAAAUGGAUUGCAAGGAAAUAGCGAAUUUUCUGCUGAAGUGAUGUUCUUAGGGCUUCUUCACCACCCUAACCUUGUUAAUCUAAUUGGUUCUUGUAAGGACGGUGACCAGAGGCUAUUGGUUUAUGAGUACAUGCCAUUAGGAUCAUUGGAAGACCAUCUUUUCGAUCCUAUUCCAGGAAGACAAGGGCUGGACUGGGAUACAAGGAUGAAAAUAGCUGCUGGUGCAGCCAAAGGAUUGGAAUAUUUGCAUGACAUAGCCAAACCCCCUGUUAUCUACCGAGACUUGAAAUGCUCUAACAUUUUGCUCGGAGAGGGAUAUUACCCAAAGUUAUCUGAUUUUGGAUUGGCAAAGCUCGGUCCUGUCGGAGAUGACACUCAUGUUACAACCAGGGUGAUGGGCACAUAUGGAUACUGCGCCCCUGAGUACGCAAUGACUGGGCAACUUACACCAAAAUCAGAUAUGUAUAGUUUUGGAGUUGUUCUUCUGGAGAUUAUCACCGGAAGGAGAGCUAUUGACAAUCGUAGAGCUCCCGCGGAGCGAAACCUUGUUGCAUGGGCGAGGCCAUUGUUCAAAGAUCGAAGGAAAUUCUCACAAAUGGCCGACCCGGUACUUAACGGGCAGUAUUCAACAAGAUCAUUAUACCAAGCACUUGCUGUGGCUGCAAUGUGUGUUCAUGAGCAACCUCUCUUAAGGCCGGUGAUCAAAGAUGUAGUUUCAGCUCUCAAUUUCCUCGCUUCCCAAACAUACAACCCCGAAAUCCAGACCGCGCAGACAUCGGGAACAACUCAAACAACGAAAGACAAUGACAACAAACCCGAACAAAGUUCCGAUGAACCAGAACAAAGGCAACCAAAAUAGAACACAUACGAAAACCAGUCAGGAAGCUCACAGUGACCUCUCCAAUCUCACUAAAGAGAGCGAGUGACUUUACCCGCUUUCGGGACCGAAUUUUGUGUUCUCUUUAGUUCUGCUUCCUUCAUAUACAUUUCUGUUUGAAAGUUUCUCAUCUUUUUUGUUUGCUGUAAAUAUGAUAUGAAUUGAUUUAUUUAUUUUGUGGUUUGUUGAAAGAUUAAAAGAGCCAGAUUUUUGUGCAA